AUGGUGAACCGGGGUCAGUUGGCACGCAGCGUAUUCCACGCACAGCGUCGCUUUUUUGCGAAGGAAGUGAAGCACUCGGUCGAGUGUCGCCAGGGCCUUCUCAGCGGUGUCAACCGCCUUGUGGACGCCGUGUCUGUGACCCUGGGUCCCAAGGGGCGCAACGUGGUGAUUGCGCAGCCAUACGGUGCGCCGAAGAUCACGAAGGACGGCGUCACAGUCGCCAAAGCGAUUGAAUUUUCGGACAAGCUGGAGAAUCUUGGCGCCCAGCUGGUGCGCCAGGUGUCUUCUAACACGAACGACAAGGCCGGCGACGGUACGACAACGGCAGCGGUCUUGGCUCGUGCCAUCUUCCAGCGCGGCUGCCGCGCCGUGGAUGCCGGGUUAAACCCUAUGGACCUGCUGCGCGGCAUAAACAUGGCCGUGGAGUGCGUUGUAAAGUACCUCGAUUCCAUUAAGAAGGAGGUGACCACCAGCGACGAGAUCCUCAACGUCGCCACCAUCUCGGCGAACGGCGACCGCGUGGUCGGCCAGCUGAUUACCGACGCCAUGGAAAAGGUCGGCAAGGAGGGCACCAUCACGGUGGUCGAGGGCAAGACCCUGCAGCACGAGCUCGAGGUUGUCGAGGGCAUGAAGUGGGACAAAGGCUACAUCUCCCCUCACUUCGUGACCAGCGUGAAGGACAUGAAGGUCGAAUUCGACAACCCUUACAUUUUCCUCAGCAACGAGAAGAUUUCCAAUGUGAAGCAGAUCCUGCCCGUGCUCGAGCAUGUGCUGCAGCAGCAGGCGCCUCUGCUGAUAGUCUCCGAGGACGUCGACGGCGAGGCUCUGGCCGUGCUGAUCGUGAACAAGCUGCGCCUGGGCCUCAAGGUCUGCGCUGUGAAACCGCCGGGUUUCGGCGAGCACCGUAAGGCGACCAUGGAGGACCUCGCUGCUAUGACCGGCGCCGUCUUGGCCGGCGAAAACAAUUUCACGGUGGACGGCGACCUCGUUGGCACUCUGGGUCGUGCUAAGAGCGCGACCGUGACCCGUGAGCACACUAUACUGGUAGAAGGCCUCGGGCAGAAGAAGGAUGUCGAGGAGCGCUGUGACGGCAUCCGCGCGAUGCUCAAGGUCUGCGACUCGACCUACGAGUCGGACAAGUUGAAGGAGCGUUUGGCGCGUCUCACCGGCGGCGUCGCUAUCAUCCGCGUCGGUGGCGCUAGUGAGGUGGAGGUGGGCGAGACCCGCGACCGCGUUGACGACGCGCUGUGCGCCACCAAGGCGGCAGUUGAGGGGGGCAUCGUCCCGGGUGGCGGCAGUGCGCUGCUCCACGGCUCGAAGCGGUUGGCAGACCUGCAGACCAAGAACUACGACCAGAAGGUGGGCGUGGACAUCGUCCGCGAGGCCGUGCAGGCGCCCGUCAAGCAAAUUGCGCAGAACGCCGGAUUCGAAGGCUCAGUGGUGGCCGAGCGCUUGCUCCAGUCGAACGACGUGACCCACGGCUUCAACGCGCAAAUGGGCGAGUACUGCGACCUGGUGGCCGCUGGCAUCAUCGACCCUACGAAGGUCGUGAGAACCGCCCUGACCGACGCCGCGUCCGUCGCCUCGCUGAUGACCACCUCUGAGGUCGCCAUAUUCGAUGCGCGCAAAGACAAGGAGGCAAACGACGAGGGCAUGCAGCAGCCCAUGUACUAG